AUGGCAUACUUCUUCUCGACGCCAGUCGACAUCGACAUUGUCCUGGAUGAUGGAGACGACCGGCAGAUGGUGGAUAUGAAGACGGAGAAGGGCCGCAGAGAAAAGGCACCGCUUUACAAAGACGGAGAGUCUGUGAAAGGCGCUGUCACGAUACGACCGAAGGAUGGAAAGAGAUUGGAACAUACUGGAAUCAAGGUUCAAUUUAUCGGGACCAUUGAAAUGUUCUUUGACCGCGGAAACCACUACGAAUUCCUCUCCUUGGGCCAAGAGCUAGCUGCGCCUGGAGACCUUCAACAUCCUCAAGCCUUUGAUUUCAACUUCAAGAAUGUCGAAAAACAAUAUGAGUCCUACAGCGGCAUCAAUGUCAGACUCAGAUACUUCGUCCGCGUUACCGUAUCCCGAAGAAUGGCGGACGUAAUCAGAGAGAAGGAUAUCUGGGUGUACUCGUACAGGAUACCACCUGAGAUGAACAGCUCAAUCAAGAUGGACGUUGGUAUUGAAGACUGUCUCCACAUCGAAUUCGAGUACUCAAAGUCAAAGUACCAUCUGAAAGAUGUCAUUGUAGGGCGCAUAUACUUCCUUCUCGUCAGACUGAAGAUCAAGCAUAUGGAGCUUUCGAUUAUCAGGCGGGAGACGACUGGCGCAGCGCCUAAUCAAUAUAAUGAGAGUGAGACUUUGGUCAGGUUCGAGAUCAUGGAUGGCUCUCCAUCAAGAGGAGAAACUAUUCCCAUCAGACUCUUCCUUGGGGGGUUUGAUCUUACCCCCACAUUCCGGGAAGUCAACAAGAAGUACUCUACCAGAUAUUACCUCAGUCUCGUGCUUAUUGACGAAGAUGCACGACGCUACUUCAAGCAAUCCGAAAUCGUGCUUUACCGUCAAGCACCAGAAAUUGCAGCUGGUGCGGGGCAGCAAACUCAGAUCGCAGGUGCACCACCACCAGAGAGAGCGCAGGUUCCGCAGGCAGCGUAA